CAUCUACUAGGCAAGAAGUCGUGGAAUGUCUACAAUGCCGACAACAUCGCGCGCGUCCGCAGAGACGAGGCGGCUGCCAAGGCUGCGGAGGAGGAGGAAGAGCGGCGCAUGCAAGAGGUCGAUGCCCAACGGCGACUGGCGAUCCUGCGCGGCGAAGAACCUCCCCCGAUAGAAGACGAGCGACAAGAUGAACGAGACGAGGAAUCCAGAAAGGCGGAGAGCAGCGCCGCUAGUGGGCGAUCAAGGUUCCCCGGCCACGGCAGGAGGAGGAAGCGACCGGGCGAGGACGACACCGACUUCGAGCUCCGGCUAGCGCAAGAGAGGAACAACGCAACAUAUGCACUCGUCGAGUCGAGUCGCAAGCCAACGAGUUCCGCGCCCAUUGUCGACCAUGCGGGCCACAUCGAUCUCUUUGGCGACGAACGAGCAAGAGCGCAUGCCCAGAAGAACGACGAAGCGGAAGCUGAGAAGAGGAAGAAGGAGAGAGAGUACGAAGAUCAAUAUACGAUGCGAUUUUCCAACGCAGCCGGGAAAGACGGAAUCAGCAAGCCUUGGUAUUCGCAGAGCGACGGCAUCGCGCCGGAUGCCUCUUCGAAGGACAUAUGGGGAAACAGAGACCCCAAUCGCAGGGCUCGGGACUCGCAGCGGAUCAUCUCGGACGAUCCAUUGGCGAUGAUGAAGAAGGGCGCGUCGCAGAUCCGCGAGUUGAAGAGGGAGCGCAUGAGGAUACAAGCCGAGAGAGAUGCGGAACUGAAACAGCUACGCAAAGAAGAGCACCGCCGCGACAAGCAUAGGAGUCGACACACGGAGAGAGGAGAGAGGGAAGGGAGG